UGCCGGUAGGCAAUUACAUGUACACCAAACCUAAAUAUGCAAAUUUAGGUGUACAAAUAAAAGGUUUUUUUUCGCUUAUGCGAUAAAACUGAUCAUUCGCGGAAAGAUCAGUCUGAUUUGGAUAGCCAUUGUGGUGACUUGUUACGGCGAAGAUAUGAACUCCAUAAAAUUUGGUGUCAUAAUUAUUGCGAUUUUUAGAUCAGUUUCGCAAUCAUCGGGCUUACCGAUCAGCGACGUGCUAGUACUAGAAAUAGAUUCAGAUAAGCAAUCCGUUGACAUCGAUGCGAAGAUAAUCUCUUCGAUCAGGCGUAAACGGCAAUUUGGUCUUGAUUUUUCCAAUGCAUUAGCAAACGUUGGUGCUAGAACGGGAUCCGGAGGGGCAGAAGCACUCGCUGAGGCUCAGGCAGCUAAUUUCGAUUCUGGAUAUGGAUUCUCCGGAGCAAAUGCCAACGCAAACUCGCUGAGCCAAAACUAUGGAGGAUACGAUUUCUCCAGUGCCAAUGCGAAUGCCAAUGCGUUCAGCCAAGGAUUUGGCCCUAAUGGAUUUGGCGGCAGCGCAGCAAAUGCACAAGCUCAAUCAUUCGAAAGUAGCGGUCCGUUUGGGUCGUUUGGAGCGUCUGCAGCCAAUGCGGCUUCGCAAGGGUUCGCGUUCGGACCAGGUGGCCUGUCCGGAUCGGCAUCUUUCGGUGGCAGCCAGACCUAUAAUCUGCCGGGAGACAGAGACGUAUCGAUAUCGUACUCGCAAGGAAUUUCAAUUGGGGAGGAUGGUCUACCGACAUACUCCGGGGGACAUGCAGUAAGUGUGAGCUAAUUGAUGUUGGCAGUUUCGUGCUUCAAAUUUCAAUAUCGCGUAUUGUAAAUGAAAUAAAAC